CCUCGUGAGCUGCUAACUGGACACUCACCGACGUUAUCAGCUUCAUGUCCGAACAGACAAAAGGCCAGGGUGGUGAAUGUGCUGGCUCACCAAGCCAGGCAUUGUCGGUCCGCAGCCUAGAGAAUGAGGAGACGGUCCUGCUUGACGUCAACCCUGCGGUGCGAUGCCCGCUGCUGCUUCUCAACCUUCUGCUCUGGUUUGUGGGUGUGUCCCUCAUGUGGGCCGCAUUGCGCAUGUACAUGGAUUCGUGGGAUGGCGGAGAAGAGCGCGUGCUGGAACGCCUGGAUAUUUCGGGAAUUCUGCUGUCGCAUAUGGAGGUGCUGCUGUUCUUGUUUGGGCUUGCGCUGUUCACCAUCACCUCGUGCGGCUGCGUCGGGGCACUGCGAGAAAACACCUUCCUACUCAGGGUAUACUCCUUCUCACUCACCGUCCUGAUCGUCUUCAACUUUGUCCUCGGCAUUCUCGUAUUCUUCGUGCCUGGAAGCAUCAAGAGUGUGAUAACGACGACAAUGUCUGAGAAGCUAGUGGUUCACUACCGCGAUUCUCAGGACAUUCAAGACCUGGUGGACGCAGUACAGCGUUACCUCAAGUGCUGCGGUAUGACGCAGCGAAAUUUUCGCGACUGGAACAAGAACAUCUACUUCCACUGUGACGUAUCGAACCCGAGCCAUGAGCGCUGCUCCGUGCCGCCAUCGUGUUGCCGCCCCGAGUCGACAUUUACGGGCAUCUUCUGCGGCCGCAGCGUGCUGAACAUGUCCGAUCAUGACGCUUGGUUCCGUGUGCACACGGGAAGCUGCCCGGACGCGACGAACCGUUAUGUCAAGGAGCACGUCAUGGUAAUUGGUGGUGUCUGCCUCAUCGCCGUCAUUGUGCUGGCCUUUAUCGAUAUGGUCACGAACGCGGUAAUUGACGAGAUCGACAUCAUCCGCAGAAUAUAUGACCACAUCGGCAGUGCUGGCACCGGAGUAUCAACGGCGUUAACAGCCUGA